ACUUUGGUUCCGAGGGGCACAUAUAUGGCCCGUGCAAUCUGGGAUAUUUGGGACGUCCAUACCCCCCACAUUGAAGUUGGAAUUCAAAAGGGUUACAUUAAAUUAAGGUUAUGUUAGGGUUCAGGGGAAGGCAUGGCCCACCACGGAUCCCGGGAAGCACCCCAUCGUUAUGAUUCGGUUAGACGGUACGAACGGAAGCCAUGUUUGUUGUUCUUCCUUCACCCUCUUUUGUAGUUCGGGACGUUCAGGAUCUCCGUCUGUAUGUCUUUAACAGUAUCCCCAUUACAUCUUCUCUACCACCCCCCGAAUGCAGGACACGUGACCGGAUGCUGGCGCCACUGUCACCGCAACAGGACACGUGACCGGAUGCUGGCGCCACUAUCACCGCAACAGGACCUACAUGCCAAAUUAACAGGUAUGCCAAAGGAAAACUAUGAUCCCCCGGAUCCUCGUCAACUAUACACCAUAAUGUCAGCCGAGGAGGUAGCCAACGGGAAAAAGUCACACUGGGCUGAGUUGGAGAUAUCAGGUCGGGUCAGGAGUCUGAGCUGCUCUCUCUGGACCCUCACUCACUUGACGGCUCUACAUAUCAACGACAACAAUCUGAGUCGCAUCCCGCCUGACAUCGGCAAGCUGCCACACCUCAUCUACUUGAACCUGUCCUCCAAUAAGCUCCGGAGCCUGCCCGCCGAACUCGGAAACAUGGUGUGUCUCAGGGAAUUGCUUAUAAACAACAAUCUUUUACGAGUUUUACCUUACGAACUCGGGCGGCUUUUCCAGUUACAAUCCCUGGGGUUAAAAGGUAAACCUUUGUCCCAAGACAUCCUCAACCUGUACCAGAAAUCAGAUGGAACCAGAAAACUGUUGAACUACAUGCUAGACAAUCUAGCAGUGCACCCAGAACAACUCCCCCAGAGACCUUGGAUCACCUUGAAGGAGCGAGACCCAAUGACCCCAACAGCCAUGUUCACAGUGAUGUGUUACAACGUGCUGUGCGAUAAGUACGCAACGCGUCAGCUGUACGACUACUGUCCCUCCUGGGCCCUCAACUGGGAGUACAGGAAGAAGGGCAUCAUGGAGGAGAUUACACACUGUGACGCUGACAUCAUCAGUCUACAGGAGGUGGAGACGGAGCAGUAUCACGCUCUGUUUCUGGAGACACUGAAGGAGCGUGGGUACCACGGGUACUUCUGCCCAAAGUCUCGUGCCAAACUGGUCUCAGAACAGGAGAGGAAACACGUGGAUGGGUGUGCCGUGUUCUUCAAAACAGAGAAAUUUACUCUGGUGCAGAAACACACUGUGGAGUUCAACCAGGUUGCCAUGGCGAACUCUGAGGGUUCAGAGGUCAUGUUGAACAGGGUCAUGACCAAGGACAACAUCGGGGUCGCUGUCCUGCUGGAGGUCAACAAGGACAUGUUCUCUGGUGGCCUGAAGCCGCUGCAGGAGAAACAGCUGAUCCUGGUGGCCAACGCCCACAUGCACUGGGACCCGGAGUUCUGUGACGUCAAGCUGAUCCAGACCAUGAUGUUCCUGUCUGAGUUAAAGAGCAUCGCUGAAAGGCACCAGAGCUCCGUGGGAACAGGCUCCCCGACCUCUGACCCAGCCUCCAUCCCUAUCGUGCUCUGUGCUGACCUCAACUCUCUGCCCGACUCUGGAGUAGUGGAGUACCUGAGUAACGGUGGUGUAGCAGAGAAUCACAAGGACUUCAGAGAGCUGCGCUACAACGAGGCUCUCACCAACUUCAGCUGCCAAGGCAACGGCAGCAUCACUCACAGCUUCCAGCUGAAGAGCGCCUACCAGGGCAGCCUCAUGUCUUACACCAACUACACCUAUGACUUUAAGGGCGUAAUCGACUACAUCUUUUUCUCCAAGACUCACAUGUUGCUCGGUCCCCUGGAGUCUCGGUGGUUAACGGACAACAACAUCACCGGCUGUCCCCACCCCCACAUCCCCUCUGACUUCUCUCUGCUCGCCCAGCUGGAGCUCCACCCGCCCCUCACCACCUCCUCCUCCUCCUCCUCCCUGAACGGCCUGCACCUGCCUGUCCACAGGUAGUGGUUGUCACGACCACUCACCCUCUGACCCCUUUGAACCCUGAGCUUUGAACCCCCUAAUGCCCCGCCUCCUCUGCCAAAAAAAAAAGGACUUUGCACAUUUUCUUAUCGUGUCCCUAAUCUCAGACCAUCCAAGGAACUCCGACGCAGACAACCCAUUCCCCAAAGGAGUGAAGUAUUCUCCCCGUACUGCUCCUUCUUUUUUAACCUCCAUUUUGCACACAGAUUGUAUUUCUGUUUGUUUUGCUUGUUGUUUUUCCGUCCAUUUGAACGGCUUGAUACCAAAUCAUGUUUUGUGUUGUUUUCUGGUCAUAUGCUACUGCUGCUGCCCGUCUCCUUGGAAAGUCCAAGUGUGUGUAAGAAAUAGCACCCUGUUCCCUAUAUAGUGCACUACUGUAAACCAGGGUCUAUGGCACCCUGUUCCCUAUAUAGUGCACUACUUUUGACCAGGGUCUAUGGCACCCUGUUCCCUAUAUAGUGCACUACUUUUGACCAGGACCCAAUGCGAUAUUAAAAAUAGGUUUCCAUUUGGGAGGAAGCCCCAAGUUCAGGUCAUCCUGGUCUGAUGUCAGACCACCUGAUGUGUUUUUGCCUUGGCCCGGUCUGGGUGGGCCCUGUCUGGGUGGGCCCUGUCUGGGUGGGCCCUGUCUGGGUGGCCUGGCUGAGAGUUAGAAAAGCUUUUUUGCCAUAAUCUAAUAACAGUACGAUGACAGCCGCCAUCUGGGUUUCUCUCUAGUUGAGAAAUCCACUCCUCAAAACACGUUAUGACAUCCAGAGUUCUACUGAAUUGCGUUUGAUGAUCAUGUUAAUGUUGCCAUCGUUUCAUCAUACCCCAAAAACAGGACUUCUUCUUCCUUCUCCAAAAUGACGUUGGUGAUUGGGACUUUUCACUACUGCUCUAUUUAAGUACGGUAAGACAAGUUUUUUUAAUUUUUUUUAGCAAAAUGUGAAAUGUCAUCUCUUAAACAUGUGUCUAUGGAAGCCUAUAAGGGUCAAUCAGUGAACAGGAUCCCAGCAUUACUAUUGUAUCUCAAACACAGCUUCAGUAUUAACAUAAUUUGCUCUCAGCUUCUUAUUCUGCUAUGUAAGUUGACACUAUGCAUUGAUUUUUCCCUCGUGUGUGUGUGUGUGUUUGUGUAUGUGUCUGUGUGUGUGUG